AUGCCUUUUUCCCUCGAAGAUGUUGCUGUGCAUAACAACCGUGAUUCUUGUUGGGUUAUAAUAAACCAGCAAGUUUAUGAUGUUACGGAGUUUCUUCCGGAGCAUCCCGGAGGCUUCAGCAUAAUCCUCAAGUACGCUGGACGCGACGCGACGCGAGCUUAUGUACCAAUUCACCCUAAAGAUGCCUUGGAGAAACACUUACCCAAAUCAAAACACCUCGGUCCUAUUGCUGAUGCAGCAGCGCAGAAGUUGGAGGAAGCAGAGGUCAAGAGGGAAAAGAGUCAAGAUGAGUUGAGGGUUGAGAAGUCCAGGAGGGAGAGACCACUACUGAGUAGGAUCCUGAAUCUGUAUGAUAUGGAUGAGGUCGCGAAGAAAGUACUCCCAUUCAAGGUGUAUUCUUUCUACUCCUGUGGGGCAGAUGAUGGGAUUACAUUGGAACAGAACACACGCGCCUUUAGUCGAUUCUUCUUCAACCCGCGAGUUAUGAGACCAGUCUCAAAAUGUGAUCCGUCCACAAAAAUCCUCGGUUUUAACUCCUCAUUACCAAUCUUCGUGUCCGGCGCAGCACAAGCCAAGCUUGGCCAUCCUCUUGGCGAACUUAACAUAACUCGUGCGUGCGGUAAAGCUAAACUAGCUCAAAUGAUCUCCACACACUCUUCUUGCUCUUAUUCCGAGAUCGCCAACGCUGCUUUACCUGGCCAGCCCCUUUUCUUCCAGCUAUAUAAAUCCAGUAUUGAUGAGAAGGCGGCGAGUCUUGUCAAAGAAGUCGAGAGUUUGGGGUACAAGUCGAUAUGGCUCACGGUCGAUGUGGCGACACUUGGAAACAGAGAAAAGGACGUAAAGAGCGGAUGGGUAUUGGAAGAUCAAGAAAAGGGUGUCCCUUCGUACUAUAUCGAGGAGGCAGAGAAAGGCGGGGAGGAGAGCGUGAAUUUCUUUGGGACAUCUAGUCCAAGAGUUGCUCUUGACGACCAUGAUAUGACUUGGCAAAAGACAGUCCCUUGGCUCCGAAGCGUAACUAAGCUUCCCAUCGCACUAAAAGGAAUCCAAUGCGUCGAGGACGCCGUUUUGGCGGCUGAAGCAGGCGUAGACGGCAUUCUUCUUUCAAAUCACGGUGGGCGACAGCUGGAAUACUCACUGCCACCGCUUGAAGUCCUCUAUCGGAUACGAAAACAGCGACCGGAUGUGUUUGACAAGACGGAGGUGUACAUUGAUGGUGGCGUUCAUCGUGGAACAGACGUCUUGAAAGCUGUUUGCCUUGGCGCCAAAGCAGUUGGAUUUGGGAGAGCAUUUCUUUUCGCGCAAAGUGCAUACGGUGAAGCUGGGUGUGACAAGAUAAUCCAGAUACUACGAAGAGAGAUCGUCACUGGUAUGCGAUUAUUGGGAGCCUCGAGUAUCAAGGAGUUAAGGCCUGAGAUGGUCGAGCGAGUGGAUUGGGAGCCCAUUAUCAGGAGCCGUUUAUAG